UCUUGCAUGUGUCCCUGGUCGCAGCGGAGCCCGGAGGAGCCAGUGGAGGAGGAGGAGGAGGCGAGGGGCCCAGGCACUGAUGGACCGGCCAAAGGGUAGCAAGCUGUGGAAGUGUUUCCGUCCCAAAUAUAUCAUCACUGGAUUUCUCUUAGCGGGAGCUGUGAUUGCCUUAAUUGCUGUGGCUGUUACACAGAACCAUCAUUCGUCAAGGAACAGUAAAUAUGGGAUUGUUCUGGAUGCUGGGUCUUCUCACACAAACAUGUAUGUAUACAAAUGGCCAGCAGAGAAAGAGAAUGACACUGGAGUGGUUCAGCAGGUAGCUGUGUGUGAAGUAGAAGGUCCAGGAAUUUCAGCAUAUGCCAGUGAAGUGGGAAAAGCUGGUCCUUCCCUAAAGCACUGCAUGGAUGAGGCAAAGGAGAUAGUGCCACAGACAAAGCAUAAUGAGACACCUGUUUACCUGGGGGCAACAGCUGGCAUGCGGUUGCUGAGCAUGGAGGAUGCAGGUACUGCUAAAGAUGUCCUCUCUGGAGUAGAAGCUACUCUGCGCUCGUACCCCUUUAGGUUCCAGGGGGCCAGGAUCCUAAGUGGUGAGGAAGAAGGUGCUUAUGGUUGGAUCACCCUUAAUUACUUGCUGGGAAAUUUCAAAGAGUCUAUCUGGCCAAGUUUCCUGCCCCGUAUCUUCUCCAGGACCGGGACAACAGGGGCGCUGGAUCUUGGAGGAGCUUCAACACAGAUCACCUUUGUACCAGACCAGAAGAAGAAUGAAUCAUCAGAAUAUAUGGUGAAUUUUUAUCUGUAUGGAAAGACCUACACUGUAUAUACACACAGCUUCCUCUGUUAUGGAAAAGACCAGGCUCUCCGACUCAAGAUGCUCAAUGAUGUCCUGCACUCAUCCACUAGCACAGUCCAGGAUCCAUGUUUCCAACAAGGCUAUGAAAGGACUGUUAAUAUUGUUGACCUGCGCACAAACCCCUGCACAGCAAGCAACUUUAAGGCUCCAUUGUACUCUACUCUCCACAUUGAGGGAACUGGGAAUUAUGAAAUGUGCCUGACAAGCAUCAAGAACAUCUUCAGUAUUGUUGGCUGCCCUUAUUCCAGCUGCUCAUUCAAUGGCACUUUCUUACCUCAGGUGUCUGGUGAAUUUGGGGCAUUUUCUGCUUUCUACUAUGUAAUGAACUUUCUGAAUGUGACUGAAGAAUCUAUGGACAAAGUGGCAGAGGCACUGAAGACCUUCUGCUCCAAAUCCUGGGUUAAGGUAAAGGCUGACUUUCCUAAGAUAAAAGAGAAGUACUUGAGUGAAUACUGCUUCGCAGGAACUUACAUAAUCUCACUUCUUAACCAGAGAUAUAACUUCACUAAGGAGAAAUGGACGCACAUUCGUUUCUUGGGGAAGAUUGGUGAGAGCGAUGCUGGAUGGACUCUGGGCUAUAUGCUGAACCUGACAAAUAUGAUCCCUGCAGAGCAGCCCUAUAUACGUCCACUUUCCCAUGCUAACUAUAUUACUCUCAUGGCUGUCUGCUCCAUUAUGGUAGUGUCUCUGCUCUUCGUAGCAUACAUGAUUUAUCGCAAACCAAAGUGCCUGAAAAAGGAGAUAAUUUAGAGUUGGGCUGGCAUAACCUACAGCAAAAUUUCGCUGAGGUCCAAAGCAUAGUGUUCCUCUUCUGAAACAACUGACUUGUACAAGGACUUUCUUGGCCACUUCCACUGGCACUGAUAGAUGCCAAGAGAACAACACGCUGCUGCCCUUCUGUCAUAUCACCUAUUUUGCAGACUCACCCCAAGUUGGGACUUGAUGAUGGAAGCCUUGUGUGUUGUAUUAAAACACCAACUUUUCUCAGGUCUUGUCAUGUCUUGCUUGGUCCCAGAAAUGCAACACAGGGGCAUCCAGUCAGAAACGACUGACUAAACAAAUGCAGAGACAGACUCUGCCUGACAGGUUCAUGUGGUCUCAGGGUUGCACAUCCUCUUUCACCCCUCUGGAAAAGUCAAUGGCCCUUCAGAAAUGCUGCCUAUAGAUCUGCUCCAUUCACGGUGACUUCAGUCAUGUUGUGUUAUGUAGAACGUCUGCUGUGGGAAGAUUUUUGAAGACUUUUUACCACAGACUAUCCACAUGGCUAAUCAUUAGCUGGCAGAAGGGAAAAGAACCUUAAAUGUACUUUUUCAGAAGACUUUAGUUAUAUCUUUCACAACACUUCCAUUGAGAGAAUAUCAAACUGUCACUUGCCUGGAAUAAGGACUAUUGAACUCUUUGAGGUACCCUACCUGCUACCGGGGCAAUAAGCUUUGUGGUGAUAAACUGUCUAUGAAAUGACUGGAUUAGUCAAUGUGAUCUAUGGACAUCCAAACCCAAGGCCUGAUGUUGCAGCUUCACAAAACAGCCUAUAUUAACAAUGUUUCCAUGAACACCAUGAUCAGUCAAAAUUGUUAUGGGGUGGUGCUUGGGGGAGGGGGGCAGAAUAACUCCUUGCAACUUCAUUUACAUACUAGCAUUGGAGCCCUCCAAAACAAAGGGCCUCACCCCCCCCUCCCAGAUUCCUAGAAAGUCUCACAGAGGUUGAUUGAUUUGCACUUUGAUAUUAAUGGAAAUAAGAGGCUCAUCUGACUCAGCCUCCUUCUGACAAAUAUGCCAGAUUGUUGUUUUUUAAAAUUCACUAGAUCCUUAAGCUCUACCAAAUGGAGCCAUCUAUUUGAGGAAUGUCUCUAUAGGACAGACACAUAUUGAAAGAAUGACAAAUGGUACCUCAGAGUAUAUGUUCAUUCUAGGAAUUUGUUUUUAUUAGUGAGACUGAGCCCUCAGUUUGUUCACAAAAAAAAUCAUUCCAGUUUCCCCUCCAGUUUUCUUCAUUCCAUUGCCUUGAAGGAUGGGCAAACAUUUGGUUGUUGCUACUGUUAAGUAUUUGGAAGUCAAACUCUUUGCUGGUCUAUUACCAAUUAACUGGAGAUCUGCCAAGACAACAUGAUCUCUCUUUUGACCAUUCCUUGUUGUGCUUGCCACUGACUAGCAAACAUUACAAUAAUCUUCCACCCUCUAUUAUUGAUGUUGACCCUAAUGUUAAUAUAGCCAAGUAAGAGAAUAUUACGGUGUAUGUGAGGGUGGGGAAAGUACCCUGAAGGUUGCCAUGUAAAAUUCUUUGGCUCUCAACCAGCAGUGUCAUAUCUAGAAGGUACAUACUCAUUUUCAGAUUGUUUGUCCAGUCUUUGAUGUUAUUCCUGUACAUGGGAUCUCUGGUGGGGUUGGGAAUGGGAAUGGGAUCAGAUCAGAUAAAUGCAGGAUGGGAAAAGUACUGAUGGGGGUGGGAAUCGUGUUCACUUUGCAUUUUGAUAAAUCUUACAAUGCUCACAUUUCCUAAAUCUUCUCUUCUAAUAGUCACAGUUCUCAGAUUUUUGUGGUGUAAUUCUCCCACCAAAAAUAAAAUAAAAAUGAAAAGCA